GAGCGGAGGGGGCUGCGCCACGAGUUGCGGGGGCGUUAGAGGCUUUGUCUUGCGCGGAAGACACGUCCCCCACUACUUGUCCAUUCCAAGCACGUCCUUCAACAGCAGCUUACGCGUCUGCCAGCAAGACAACUCGAUCAUGAUGUAUCCUUUGUCCAGCAACUAGAGGUUGCCCGGAUCUCAGCCCAGAUUCCAGCAUGACGGAACCGGCAGUGCCCGGCGAGGAGCUAUGCUCCUCAGACUUGGUCAGCCCCAUACCGAAUGCGGAAAUCUCCAACACAUCCAGCAUGUCCUUGGCUUCCACUGCCCUGGCACUUAUCCACAAUGGUUUUCCGCUCAUCGACCGGAGGAGUGAGGAGGGUUACCAUGGAUCGGAGGUGGAACCGGUGCUAGAAGCAGACCCAGGACUACAAUCCCGACCAGAAUCCUCCGCAGUGCACAUAACAGAACCUUUAGUUGAGCAUCCAGCUCAACACCCAGCAGAUCCCACAACAAAACAACUUGAAGAUAUCCCAGCAGAUCUUUCAGCAGAUCUCCCAACACAUCUUCCAGCAGAUCCAACAUCAGCUUCACCAGCAGAGCCUCCAGCCGAUCCUUUAGCGGAUUCAUCAGUGGAUUCAUCAGCGGAUUCAUCAGCGGAUUCAUCAGCGGAUCCAUCAGCGGAUCCUUCACCGGAUCCAUCAGCGGAUCCUUCACCGGAUUCUUCAGCGGAUCCGCUGGCAGAUUCGUCAGCAGAUCCCAUAGCAGAUAUCCCAUCAGCAGUUAUGCCACCAGAUCCACAAGCUAGUCCCCCAAAAAAUCUGCCAACAGAGUUAGCAACGAAUCACCCAAAGGAAGCCAUUGAUGAAGAACGACCGGACACACAAAAGCCAUCGAGUAAACAGGAAGGUUCCAUCAAAGUUAAGAUGUCCCCUGACGCACCUGUGUUUUAUCCCAUGGGUACCAGACGAUCCCACAAACAGUCAAACGAAGAGGAGCCCCCACCGAGUGCACCCCACAAUUCGGCGCCGAAAAACUCCUUCGAGUUUGGCCUCGCAAACGGAACGGGGCCAUACAUCGGACCAGGGGGGGGCAAUAUUCCUCGGAGCUACUACUUCGUCGAUCCUACCACCGGCAAGCGCAUCAAGAACAACUAUAAGGGCGCGAAGACCGAAGUACACCGGAUUGAACUAAUCCCUAACCGGCGAGAGAUCCCACAAUCUAAAGCAAGAGAUACCUGGAUUGCCAACUUAAACAAAAAACCACCACCACCACCACCACCGCAGCCAUCACCACCGCAGUCACCAGCAACACAGACACCACCACCACGACCACCAACAGAUGAAAAUGUUACGCAGAAGGCUCCUGGAAGAGCGUCGAUACCCAGACGCAACAAUUCUCGCCAUUUUCUCUCAGAUCCAACGAAGUUCAAAAUAUCCCCAGAGUUUCCAUCCUUCGAGUCCUUUGCCGGGCAGCUGGACGACAUGGGUGUGAAACGGGAUGAGUUCAUGGCAACGCUGCGAAACCUUUUAAUAAGAGCCAAUGACCUGAUGUUGCCCCUACUCCAGGGUCCCUUUAAGUACAUGACGACCUUACAGAUGGCCGAGUACACCAGCGCAAUUCUGGACACACCUCCGCUACAUCCGAGUAUCUUCUUGCCAGCGAAUACGCCGCGUCCCUGGACGAACCUCACUGGACUCAAUCGGCCCUUCGACAUCCAUCCGAACAGUCUCACGCCAGAGGAUCUGGCCAUUGCCCAGAAAACUCCCAAGCAUGUGGAAGCCACCACUCAGACGGAAUACCUUUGCAUCUGCAUGUUCAUCAAUCAAGGAAGAUCGGCGCCGGCGGCUGUGCCACCACCAGCACCUGUGCCACCACCAGCACCUGUGCCACCCCCAGCACCUGUGCCACCACCAACAUCUGUCCCUCCGCCAACAACUGUCCCGCCGCCAGCAAAUGUCCCGCCGCCAGCAAAUUUCCUGCCGCCAGCAAAUGUCCUGCCGCCAACAACUGUCCCGCCGCCAACAACUGUCCCGCUGCCAUCAACUGUUCCGCCGCCAGCAAUUGUCCCGCCGCCAGCACCUGGGCCGCCGCCAGCAUCUAUCCCGCCGCCAGCAUCUGGCCCGCCGCUAGCACCUGUGCCGCCGCCAGCACCUGGUCCGGGGGCUGCAUACUUUACAGGAUCACCUAUUAACACUCCUCGAAUGCUCAGGGCACCAGGCGGAGGACCCGGUGGACCGAGAAUACCGCAGGCGUAUCCGACAGUAUCCGGGCCAGGAGGCUCACAGAGCGGACCACCACCACAACAGCCGUUUUGCUUCUGGAGUAGGCCUAUGCUUCCGCAUCCUGCGUCACAUCGCAUGCCCCGGCCACCGCAUCCAAAGGCCUUUCAGCAUCCGAAUCCACCAGCGCAUCACCAUUCACCAACACCACAUCCGCAUCUCCAUCCGCAUACCUGUGCCCAUUCCCAUCCGCAUCCACAUCCGGGAAUGCAGGCGGGUCAUCCGAUGGCGUCGAGGAAUAGCCCACAGCCGCACAGGCUGUGUGGAGCAGCGCGCUUCCAAGAUGGGGGGUACCGCGGCUACCGCCUGCAAGGUCGCAACAGUCCGCACAACCAGCCGAAUCAAUGUCGCUUUGGUCCCAUCGGUAGUGGUCGUACCAGCGAAAAUAGUGACGGGAACUUCAGCAAUACGAACUACAACAACGGAGGAAACCCAGUCUAUGCGGGCACACAAAGUGGCAGCGAUAAGAUGGCUUCUGAUCUAUUCCAACCCCUGGUGAGAUGUGUCUACCCUAUUGAAUAUGAGCAGCUGAGGCUGAACGUGUAUCCACCGAGCUUUGAAUACAUGGAUAAAGCCAAUAUACAGGUGGAAUCCUCUACAUCGAGCUCCGAUUCGUCGAGCACCGAAACCUCCGGCUUGCUCAAGUUCGCCCAGAUGGAGCUGGGGGAAUAUGUAAAGAAUAAGAAGGCAUGCAAAGACAACAUCGACGUGGCUUGCAAUGCCAAUGGAGGCUCGGCUGGUACACAAUCCAAGAUGCCUUCGACUUCCCACGAACACUAUAGUGGUAACCAGUUCAAUCCGAAGUACAGCCAACAGCAAUGUCCCAAUCCCAAUGAAGGCCCGUCUGGUUCUCAAACCAAUAAGCCUUCGACUUUCCAGGAAAACUAUAUUGGUAACCAGUUCAAUCCGAUGUACAGCCAACAGCAAUGUCCCAAUCCCAAUGGAGGCCCGUCUGGUACUCAAACCAAUAAGCCUUCGACUUUCCAGGAAAACUAUAUUGGUUACCAGUUCAAUCCGAUGUACAGCCAACAGCAGUGUCCCAAUCCCAAUGGUGGCCCGGCUGGUACUCAAUCCAAGAAGCCUUCGACUUCCCAGGAACACUAUAGUGGUAACCAGUUCAAUCCGAUGUACAGCCAACAGCAGUGGCCCAAUCCCGACAACAAUGCAGCUAUGUUUAGCCAGGAGCAGGCAGGUCCCAGUGGAAUUUAUAUGAGACCUCCUCCUCCGGUACAACCAAUACCACCACCAUUCCCUCCAAACAUGUAUCCGAUACGGCAGGAGAAGCCCAUGGGACCGAUCCUGUUCGAGGUGGGCGGCAAUACCGGCCACAGUGCCGUCUCGCCCAUGAUGCAAAACGUCAACAGUGGCAACGGGUACGGUCAUGGUCGUGGUCGUGGAUACGGCCCUUGUCCGAAUCAAGGCACUCAUGGCCAGAAUCCCUACGGACAUAUGACUCAUCCGGUACCUUCGCCACAUCAGGCACACCAGACUCAUCCAUCCCACUACGGAAUGUCCUUCAACGGCAAUAUAGCCCCGAAUAUGAGCCACAUGAACCAGGUCAGUCACAUGAACCACAUGGGCAGGGGCAUGGGCGUCGGAUUGCUUCCGUUGCCUUUGCAGAUGCUCAGUCCAAGUCGGAUGGAGCAGCCUAGCUCCAUGGGUAUGCCCAUGAAUAUGCCACCACCCAACCUUAUGAGUCCUCGGCGCAAUGUAAUACCUAUCAAUACCUAUCACCAGAAUGGAAGCAACCCGGACACGAACAAGAUUCCGCCAUAUGGCGGACCUGGAGGAGUGAACUUGAACAAUGGGAGCGCCGAGAUGCAGCAAAUCAGGAGACCUCCCGAUCUUCGCCAAGGCUUCGAACACAAUGUGGGUGUGUCGUGUGACAACACGCCAAGUAUUCACCUCUUGAGGAUUUCCUUGCCACUAUCCGUUCUCCAAAGUGGAGCACUUGUCCAGGAUGAUGGUGCACCCAACAACAACAACCAGAUCAACAUCCAAAGCAUGAAUCCGAACUACAACCAGAACAACAUUCAAAGCAUGAAUCAGAACAACAACCAAAACAACAUCCAAAGGAAGGAUCAGGACAACAACCAGGACAACAUUCAAGGCAAGAAUCAGGACAACAACCAGAUCAACAUCCAAAGCAUGAAUCCGAACAACAACCAGAACAACAUUCAAAGCAUGAAUCAGAACAACAACCAAAACAACAUCCAAAGGAAGGAUCAGGACAACAACCAGGACAACAUUCAAGGCAAGAAUCAGGACAACAACCAGAUCAACAUCCAAAGCAUGAAUCCGAACAACAACCAGAACAACAUUCAAAGCAUGAAUCAGAACAACAACCAAAACAACAUCCAAAGGAAGGAUCAGGACAACAACCAGGACAACAUUCAAGGCAAGAAUCAGGACAACAACCAGAUCAACAUCCAAAGCAUGAAUCCGAACAACAACCAGAACAACAUUCAAAGCAUGAAUCAGAACAACAACCAAAACAACAACCAGAACAACAUCCAAAGGAAGAAUCAGAACAACAUCCAAAUCAAGAAUCAGUACAACAAUCAGAACAACGCCCAAGGCAAUAAUCAGAACAACAACCACAACAACAUCCAAAGCAAGAAUCAGAACAACAACCAGAAAAACAUCCAAAGCAAGAGUCAGAACAACAACCAAAACAACAUCCAAAGCAAGAAUCAGAACAACAUCCAGAAAAACAUUCAAAGCAAGAGUCAGAACAACAACCAAAACAACACCCAAAGCAAUAAUCAGAACAACAUCCAAAGCAAGAAUCAGAACAACAUCCAAAACAAUAAUCAGAAAAACAUCCAAAGCAAGAAUCAGAACAACAACCAGAACAACAUCCAAAGCAAGAAUCAGAACAACAACCAGAAAAACAUUCAAUGCAAGAGUCAGAACAACAAUCAGAACAACAACCAAAACAACAUCCAAAGCAAGAAUCAGAACAACAUCCAAAGCAAGAAUCAGAACAACAUCCAAAACAAUAAUCAGAAAAACAUCCAAAGCAAGAAUCAGAACAACAACCCGAACAACACCCAGGACAACAUUCAGGACAACAUCCAAAGCAAGGAUCAGAACAACAACCAGAACAACAUCCAAAGCAAGAAUAAGAACAACAUCCAAAGCAAGAAUCAGAACAACAUCCAAAGCAAGAAUCAGAACAACAUCCAAAACAAUAAUCAAAAAAACAUCCAAAGCAAGAAUCAGAACAACAACCAGAAUAACACCCAGGACAACAUCCAAAGCAAGGAUCAGAGCAACAACCAGAACAACAUCCAAAGCAAGAAUAAGAACAACAACCAGAGCAACAUCCAAAGCAAGAAUCAGAACAACAACCAGAACAAAGACAAUGAGCAGAAGAAGAAAACCCAACCGUCCUACGCUUCCUUCCUGAAGUAAGUGUCCAGAAGAAGAGAAUUUUUACUCUUAAAAUUAUGUUUCUUUUAUUCGAUUAAAUAAAAAACACUCACACUG